UGAUUGGCGAUUCUAGGGUAUUGAUCCGCCCUGUCCAAACCCCCCAAAGUCAGUAAUUGGAGGUCGCAUGCAGCGUUGCCACCUCCUGUUAUCCUGGGCUUUCUAAUCUUGGUAUUCUGUGUUUUCAACUUCUUCUCUCCCUAUUUAGCAUAGUUUAUGUUCCAGUGGCCUUGAGGGAUCUCAACAAGUUGUCGAAAAACACCUAAGAUUCUCUCAUGCUGUGCACCUGUUAUAAACACUGGUCUAAACUAAGAAACAGUUAGUGUGUGAAAGAAGCAUGUGAACGAACAGGAAAAUUUGCAGGAAAACAACUAGGCAGCAAAACUAAAUAGCUACUAAAUACAGUUUUUGGCUGGUGCACACACAAGGCCUGGAUUUGUACAGACAUGUCCACUGUGGCCUAAACUUUGUCCAGCAUUACAACAAAGGAGAGCUCUGUCCUGCUGUCUGUGCUGCAGACAACACAGUCCAUGAGAAGGAAUGAAGGGAAGCAAGUGCAGUUUCUGAAAACAAACCAUGCUUCUUUUCCCACCCUUUGCUCUCAGAACCAGUCUUAGAGAUGCAGAACUUAAUAUCCAGCAUAAACAGAACAGAUGAUUGGGGAUACAAGCAUCAUAAAGUCACCCUAGUACAAGCCAGUAAUGCCAUCUCUAUUAGCACAUUUUGGUAGCUCCUAAGUCAAGGGUUCUGGACUGGCACUGCAGCACAGGCAGCUGCACCAAGAGUGUGCAACAGCCAAACCCUACUCAACAGCUCAACCCCAAUCCUUCCAAAUUCCUGGUAGGAAACCUGCUCGCAGUUGCAUGUCUUCAUGGGGAAAUCCUGCCCUGUAUCAGUUAAAGCCAUGGAGCAUCCUGCAUGUGCUGGAAGCUCCUUUGUACCCAUAGGGGCAAAAAGUGGGGUGUUGUAGGCUUCUGAGCCUAGAGGUGGACUUUGCAUCUGACCAAACCACCUUCCCUUUGGUACCCAAGGACACCCUUUGGGAAAGGGUCCUCUCCCCACUCUUUGCUGUCUUCUACAUGGUAAGAAAUUGCUCUGGCCUAAAACCAGCAUUGUUUUUUUUAGGCUGGGGAAUGAGCAGGGAAACUCCUUCACAUGUGCUGUGUUUCUGUGACUGGGGAAUUGAGAGAAGCCAGAGACACCCAUGCAAGGGCCCAAUCCCACAGCUCUCCAUGCAGCACUCAGUUCUUGCCAAGGGGAGAUAAUGUCAAACUGCUAUUCCAUCAGCUUUCCCUUUUUGGGGGAGCUUGGUGACCCCAGCUGAGGGACAUCGUGCCUGGUCCUGCAUGGUGUCUGUGUUGCUGCUGAAGAAUUACUUCAGGUUCCCCAGGAACCACAGCCUCUCCUAGGCCACCCACUAUUUCUUGCCACUGCAAGACCAUGGAGCUGGACCACAACACUAUUGAAUUUUUCCUGAGGAAAGUUUAGAGAGGACCUGCAGGCUCUUCCCUGUGUGAGAAGAGUGGUGUCAGAAACUGGAAAAGGCAGUAAUUGCUGCUAUUGUGGCUGUCUGAGACCUGCCAAGCCUGUAGCCAUAGACAAAUUAGUAGGACAGGGUAGGAAGAAAAGUCACUUUGUUGCCUAACACCUGGGAAGAUAUUUAAUGAGACAAGUAGCCUUGACCUCAAAAUAUUUCCAAGCUAUCAGCAGAGGGAAGAGGAUGCUGUUGUCAAGGGUUGCACUGCUGCAAAGCAAAUGCUGUUCUGCUGAGCUGAUGAGCCCUGGCAUCUGUGUUGCUGCGGGGCUGCACUCACCAUGAGUGAAUAUGAAGAACUCACUGGCUUGAAAAAAAAGGGUGUUAGAAAUGCCUAUUUGGAAGAUGUCUCCAGGAUGAUGGGAGGACAUCUGUAUCAUCUUGUUUUUUCCAUCCUUGAGUUUGGAAUGACAAAGAUUCAUCUGGAGAACUUGAUUUUACCACUAAUGGUGGCAAACUCAAAUGUUCUUGUAUUUCAUCCCUGAGUCCCUGCAGUGUCCUUGUGCUUUCUGUGCCAAGAGGUGACAUCACAAACUGGGCCAAUUGCAACUAGAGAACAAUGAUGUCCAGAUAUUGACGACACCAGGGCUGCAUCAUAAUGUACUGUGAGAUGAGUGGGGCAGACAGGGGCUGGACAUCCAGAGGAACCAACUCAGCUCAGCUGAGCUCCUGGAAUGAGUCUUGGAUCACCUACAAAGCGGCUUUGGGAAUGUACACACUGAGUUCUGACUAGGCACCGAGUACAUCCACCAGAUCACCAGGCAGAAGGUCUACCAGUCUCCAUUUUCAUCCAGUGCUUGGGCAGCACCAGCAGGUCCUCCCCCCUGACCUGCUGGCUGAUGCCAGGAGCCCCUGCCAUGGUCCUGGUAGGUGUUAUCAGGAGCUUUUCUUGGUUUCGUGGAAUUCUGUGUGAACCCCAGCAGCUGGGAACCCUUACCACAGACACGCAACAGAUGGUGCAUGAGCAGAGGUACCUGCAGAGGACAAACAGACCAUAAAUUUCCAGGAAUGGAUGAGUACUGCUAUUUGAUCAGCUGCUUCACCUCACCAAUGAGCCCUAUAUAACAUCAGGAUUGGCCAUGCUGCCACCAGACCAGACCUACUCAGCUCCCCACUCCACGGGGUCUCAACAGAGAGAGCAUGGCGGCUCAUCACUACAAUCCUCUGUUCUUCACCUCCGUGCUGGCCCUGCUAUCCCCACUUCUUGCUCUGCACAUUGAAAACCUGGAGAGAUUGAAAGUAAAUUUAGAUGAAAUAAUUAAUAUCCCUUCUGACAGACCUCUUCCUGAUGAAGCUGAAGGGAUCAUCCAGCAGAACCGGGCAGCUGACCCUCAGCAGGAACAGGGCCGCAGUGGUUGGCCCAAGGACUGCAGCGAACUCCCUGCUAGCAGCCCCAGUGGCAUCUACAUCAUUCAGCCCACAGGACAGCAAACUAUCGUGGUAUACUGUGAGAUGAGCAAGGACGAUGGAGGCUGGACUGUUAUCCAGAGGAACCACAGAGAUACACCAGUCAGCUGGGAUGAGUCUUGGAGCACCUACAAACAUGGCUUUGGGAAUGUACACACUGAGUUCUGGCUGGGCACUGAGUACAUCCACCAGAUCACCAGGCAGAAGGUCUACCAGGUCAGGUUUGUCAUCUGGGAUGCUGCAAAUAACAUGAAGUUCGCAGACUACAACCUGUUCAGCUUGGGUGAUGAGUCCCAGGGCUACCAGCUGAGGCUGGGAGCACACUCAGGGACAGCAGAGGAUGCCAUGGCCUCCAAGGGCACGACCACCAUGCAUGACAACAUGAAGUUCUCUGCUAAAGAUCGAGAUCAGGACACUUCUAGUGGGAACUGUGCCUCCAGCUCCGGGGGCGCGUGGUGGUACUCGGCGUGUUACUCUGUGCGUCUGAACUUCAAAGGGGCCAUGACAUGGGGCAACCUGUGCCAGGGGAGCUGCAGAGCCUCAGCCAUCCUCAUAAAACCCACCACCUACUGCUAGAUGCAUUUUCGUUUCCUUUCUGUCCAAUCUGUCCAAUCUCUGGCUCUCCAAAGAAUUGGAACAAAGCAAAACCAAAAUGGGUGUGCCAUGGGGUCUUUGCAGCAGUUGGUCAUACGUAGCUACUGAAUAAAAUAAGGCAUUUUCCACUUCUUCUUCCUCCUGUAGAUUUUCUCUACUUCUCAGCUGUGCCUGUGUCCUCUAGUUCAGAGUCAGAUAAUUUUAAUAACAUUAAUAAUAGAAACACUCUCCUGGAAACUCAGAAGUUCCCAUGUCGGUAGUGUGUUUCAUACGACAUGUGAAAUGGUCAACCCAGUAGACUUCUGUGGUGUUGUCAGUUAAUUUACAUCUUUAGUUUCAGGAAUACUACCUAAUUUUUGCUGAAGAUCUUGCUCAAAUACUAAAGUGCACAGGCAACUUGCCACUCUGAACCUCCUGCAUGUAAUGCUUAAUAGAUGUUAAAUAGUCAAAUAAAUUGGCAUUCAAAGAAC